AUGGCAGAGAUCGGAACCCAUCCUCGAUGGAAAGACCCCGAAAUUCAGCAUCAAGUGGACCUUGCGUUGCUUGAAGACGAAGCUUCCCGACGAGAAGCAGAUGAAGCUCGGAGAAAAAUCGUGCCCCUUUUGUCAAGGCUACACCGAGGCUCGGUGCUGUUUCCCAGGUCACAGGGCUACAGAUACUCAGUCUCGGUUAGAAAUCUCCGCUACCGUCUGAAAAGCCCUGCUGCUGUUGUGCAUGCAGUAACGGCAUGGGAUGUCGUGGCAACAGUUCGAUUCUGCGUUCAAGAGGGAUUGAAGUUGACCAUCCGAAGUGGUGGACACUCGAACGCUGCGCACUGUUUGAACGACAAUGGUAUCGUUCUUGAUAUGCGUAUGUUGAACAAAGUAGUCAUCCAGCCUAAUCAUGACAUAAUCUACGUAUCUGGUGGUGCGCUGUGGAGGGACGUAUACAAAGAGCUGCAUGAUAGAGAUCCUCGUCUUGUCGUCGUGGGUGGCCAGUGUCCAACCGUCGGCGUGAGUGGUUUCUUACUUGGUGGUGGUAUAAGCCCAUUUUCCCGCUCGUACGGGCUGGGCAUCGACAGCAUCGAAGCGAUAGAGAUCGUCAAAGCGAAUGGAGAACUGGAUAUCGUGAGCGCAGAGAAUCAUCCAGAUCUCUUCUGGGCACUUCGUGGCGGAGGGGGCGGUAAUUUUGGCGUCGCAACCGGGUUCUUCUUGAAGGUCCAUACGCUCAAUCACCCCGAAGGAAUGGUGACUUGUGGUACACUAGGAUGGUCAGUCGAAGACAUGAAGUCAAGGAAGAGGUUCAUUGACACCAUUGAAAACUGGGAUCAAACCCCCCUGUCCCCAGCGCUGUGCGGCGACGCGCUUUGGCGAUACCGGAGAGACCACGAGACCAAGGGGAAAAGGCUCUGGGGAGAGAUUACGAUUAUGUACAACGGCGGAAUGAAUGAUUGCGACAGCGAGUUGGCUAAGAUUUUGCGCGGUAAACCAGAUGUGAACACACUCAAGGAAAUGAAAUUCUAUGACUGGGAAGUUGGAGGUGAGGCGUUUGCCAACCAUUCUCAAGUCCAUCAAUACCACUCCUCUGUUAUCAUUGAAAAGGGUAGAAUGACAGAACAUGUUGUCAAUCUCAUCACCGAUUGGAUGAUAUCAAAGAAAGGACAUGUGCUGGAAAGCGAAAAUGGGAGGUGUCACGUUCUUUGGGAUCAUAUUGGGGAACAAACAAGCCAAAAGAAGCCAUAUGAAACAGCCUUUCCCUGGCGCACCGGGGAGUACGCACUUUCCAUGAAAGCAAGCUGGGAUAAUGAAGAUAAGGAGAAGGAAAUGAUUCGAGAAGUCCAAAGACUCCGAGACGAGCUAACGAAAAAUGCCAUUGGAGGGAAAGCGGCGUAUGUGAACUUCAUCGACAAUACAUUGACUCGCUGGUGGGAUGCAUAUUACGAUACCAACUACGAAAGACUCCGGCAGCUGAAGCAAAUCUAUGAUCCUGAUGAUUUCUUCGAGUUUCAGCAGAGUAUUCGAAAACCCCAGAGCGAACAUCCACAAAUACCUGCUGUACCAUCACGCACUGCUGCAGUCCAUCAGCCGGAAUUGGAAAGGAAAGAUUUUCUCGAAGAUAUCGAAAAGGGUACCACGCAGACUGAAAUACCAUUCCUUCAGAAUGCACCCGCUCAGUCAAUGAGCGAUUUGGGAUACGGCGGUCUUCAAAGUGGGCGUUGUCCUGCGGUGUCUUUGAAGCGAUACAUCCUUGGUCUUGUUUCUAGGUUAAAGUCAUAG